AUGCUUGUUGGCAUCAGUGAAUCUACUGAGCAAGUCUGUGAGAGCACCAUUUUCAAGGACAACAUCCCACAUUAUGGGCACUUGCUCAACGGGAGUUACGUGGAAAUCCUGCAAACUUCCGAUUAUCGCUUUGUAAAGACGUAUGUCAAGUGCUCGAAGGAUGACAGACCAUCAUGUGUUGGAAUCCAAUCUCGCUAUAUCAGCGAAUGCGUAACCGUCUAUGAAAGUGUCCCAGCCAUGAUUCGCCUUCUUCACAACUACGGACCAUUCCAGAUGAACUUCAUUAGAGUGCCAAUAUUCUGUGAAUGCCGGUUGAGACGCCAAUACAGACACUUCGAGAAAAUCGAGGGCUCCAGUGCGGACGACGAUGACGACGGUUAUUGA